AUGACGACUAGUCCCAAACCAAAAGCAUUAAAGGUAAAGGAGGAGCCAAAAAAGAACACCUCAGUGCUAAGUGACGAUAAACUCGUGUCAAUGCCCAUCCAGGAGCUAAACCAGCACCUGAGAGGUCUCACAAAAGAAGAGGUCAUCCGCCUAAGGCAGUGGAGGCGCACGCUCAAGAACCAGGGCUAUGCUGCCAGCUGCCGCAUCAAGAGGGUUGAGCUACAGAAGGAGGUGGAAAGGCUGGCCCAAAAAAACAGCGGCAUAAAGCUAAAGUUGGACGCCCUGCGCUCCAAGUACCAGGCAUUGCAGACCUUUGCUCGUACCAUUGCACGGGGGCCUAUUACCCCAACCAAAGUCGCCACCACUAGUGUCAACACCAUUGUAAAAUCAGCUAAAGUCUACCCAGCAAGCAAGGCAUCCCUACCCUUUCCAAGCUCCUCGGGCUCCAGGAAAAAGGCACCUAUCCAUUCCCAGUUCCUAGGACUCGGGGGAUAA